GGUACGUCAUUUCCGUUUAGGUCAUCGCCUGUCACUAGUGUCAAAGCUAGCAGCCGUGUUUUUGCUACACACCGUGAUUUUAAACAUUAACGCAGGACAAACCUGACUUUUUAAACGACGUGGUUUAUAGUUUAAACGUUGUUGAAUGUGUCGCUGAAGUGUGGCCGGAUGCGACAGUUGGAUUAACUUGGGCAUUUCUCUUUUCGAAAACACGAGCCGCGCGGCUAAAGAGAACCGCCGCCCGCCCCUUCACUCAGGAUGCCAUGCCACAAUCAGCAAAUGAGCAAUGUAAACACCGGCCAGGAGCACCCAAUGAAGCAAGUGCGCUUUGCCACCAACACCAGCGGCAAUGUGGCCGCUGUGUUGGCCACUCACGAGGCAGGUGAUGCUAGCAGCAGGCAGCCCGUAAACCAGGAUUCACCGGGACCCCAACUCAAACUACUUCCUCUCAAUGACCAGAUACGAGAAUUACAGACUAUUAUUAGAGACAAGACGACCAGCAGAGGGGAUUUUGUGUUCUGUGCUGAUCGACUGAUUAGACUUGUGGUCGAAGAAGGCCUGAAUCAACUACCUUACUCCGAGUGUACUGUGACAACACCAACAGGAUAUAAGUACGAAGGAGUCAAAUUUGAGAGAGGCAACUGCGGCGUUAGCAUUAUGAGGAGUGGUGAGGCUAUGGAGCAAGGGCUGCGGGACUGCUGCCGCUCCAUUCGCAUCGGCAAAAUCCUCAUCCAAAGUGAUGAGGAGACCCAAAGAGCCAAGGUCUACUACGCCAAGUUCCCACCGGAUAUUUACAGAAGAAAAGUGCUGCUCAUGUAUCCCAUCCUCAGUACUGGGAACACGGUGAUUGAAGCAGUGAAGGUGCUGAUCGAGCACGGGGUCCAGCCCGGGCAUAUUAUCCUCCUCAGCCUCUUCUCCACACCUCACGGGGCCAAAUCGAUAAUCCAGGAGUUCCCAGACAUCACAAUACUGGCAACAGAAGUUCACCCGGUGGCACCAACACAUUUUGGGCAAAGGUACUUUGGCACCGAUUAAAUCCAGGACAAACGGGGGGCAACGUAAGUUUGUAAUUGUUUUUGUCAGUUUUAUUUAAACAACAACAAAAUAUUGUUGUGCCAAAUACUAAAAGAAACUAUUUAUUUUAUUGAUUUCUUUUCGCUAUUUGUCAUAUGGAUACAAACAAUGCCGAGCCAUAGAGAUCGUUUUAUUUUGCAUGUUGCAAGUGGUGAUUCAAUAAAAAGAUUUAUAUUUGUUAUCAGAAAGACCACCAAAUGGAAAAGAACGGUGUUUACUGGCAAAGAGGAAUGACACAAUCACAUAUAGUACGCCAAAGACCACCACGUGAGCUUUGAAAAAAAAUAGACUGUCUGGUCAAAAAAAAAGUUUUGUUUUAUUUAUUGUUAGACAUCCAGGUUUCUGAUACAUACAAUGUGUCACUGACAUAUAUAUAUAUUUAUCUAUAAAUAUGUCACAUAAUGGAGCAAAAUGUGCGCUGCCCGCAGCAGCUAUGUCUCAAUUGUUAAUUUAGCAAUAAGAAAAAGCAGCGUAUAACAAACAUCCACAUUUUUUUGAAGGUUUCAACAUGCAUUACAUUAAACAUAGACAACAUUUGACAUAGGAGUGUUUGUCAGCCAAGUGUGAUUUGAAUGGUGAAAAUGAAGUAAAAACACAAUUUCUUUCCAGUCAUGCUUUGCUUUGCUUUCAUUGUCAAUAAACUCUCAUGAGAAAUUG